AUGAGCGCCGCAGAAGUCAACGCACCCGCGACCACGGACCUGCCCUCGGGUGACCCCGUACCGUCCGGGCCUCCGGUCCCCGUGUCCAAGCCACCUCCUCCUGCUCCUCGGCCGUUCCCCAUCAAAGACGUGAUCAAGGCGGCGCCCUCGAACGCGGACGCCUUCCUGGCGCACCUGCAGCGGUGCCUGCAGACCCCCUCGGGCAUCGACACGACGCUGCUGUUCGUGUGCUACGCCGCCCGCCUCGCCGCCUCCCUCCUCGAGCACUCGGCCCGCCCCGCCGUCCAGCGCUCCGCCCAGCAGCUCCUCGCCCUCGCCGCCAGCCUGCCCCCCUCCGCCACCCUCGUCUUCACCGCCAAGGCCCUCCCCGGCCGCGGCGCCGCCCUCGCCCUCUCCCUCGCCAAGCGCCUGCGCGCCCUGAGCGCCACCAUCGCCGACGCCAGGACCUUCCUCCGCCUGUGGGGCCUGCUGAACAUGUACUUCUGGCUCAGGAGGCUGCUGCUAGCGGCGAGGAAGCAGGGGGCGGAGGAGAAGAAGAGCCCGGAGGAAGAGAAGAAGCCCGACCGGCUCGAGACCGCCAUCUCCUGGUUCCAGCUGUCCACGUGCGUCGUCUUCCAAGCGCUCGAGAACGGCGCGUACCUCUCGUCCAAGGGCGUGCUGGGGUGGUCGAGGACGGCGCAGCGGCGCGCGUCGCUCUGGAGCGCGCGGUUCUGGGCGGCGUUCGUGGCGGCGGAGCUCGGGCGGCUCGCGUACGAGAGCGGGAAGCGGGGGCGGCGCACGCGCGCGGAGAAGUUCGCCGGCGGCGCCAAGACGGCCGCCGAGGUCCAGGCCGAGGAGGCCGAGUGGUCGGCGACCUGGCGCAAGGCGCUGCUCCGCAACCUCGCCUGGGCCCCGCUCACGCUCCACUGGAGCUCCGAGGCCGGGCUGCUCGGCGAGACGGCGGUCGGCGCGCUCGCUUGCGUGCCGGGGGUGGUGCAGAUGCGGGAUCUGUGGAGGAAGACGGCAGAAUAA